UUUUUUUUUUUUUUUUUUUUUAUGUUUAUGUAAUCAAUCAUUGCACCCACUAACCGAUCUCUUAUAAAUUUAUAAACCACUGUAUUUAGUGGGGGUUGUUGGUAGAAUGUAACCUACAAAGAGUUCUUGUGAGACUUUCUUACAAGUUUUUGGAAACCUUUUUAUUCACACUCACUACCCGAUCCAUUAUAAUAUGGUAGUAAAUUGAGUUUAAUUCCCAAUCUGUUACCAGAUUCAGUCUCAUCCAAUGAAUGUUCACGUUUUUCUUUCCCUUUUCUUUAUCUUGUUUCUGUUUAGAUCUAUUGGCAUCGUUCAAAUAUACAAUCAUAUUCAGACUGUGCUUUGGAUGUUGUUUGGGUCUAAAGACAAUGUUCCAAAACAUGAGGAUGCAGAGCUCUUCUAUCGUGGUACCAUCAAUGAUGCCAACUUCUAUCAUGUUCAUGACGAUAAUCAUGAUGCAUUUACAGAAAGUGAGGACAAUUGGACUUUGUUGGCAUACCUACAAGAUGCAUUUCAACUUGUCGUUGUAGUUGUUGUAGCGCUAGGUCUUUAUAUAGCUUUUCUCAAUGGAAGCGUAACGCAUAGGGAAUGCAGCAAGAAAUGGAAGACCAUAGGUAAACUACGCGUCUCAAGUACAGAAAUUGCAAAGGGGAGUAAUGGCACGGUUGUCUUUGAAGGAAUAUACGAAGGUCGUAAGGUAGCUGCAAAACGCCUUGUCAAGGCCCACCAUGAUGUUGCAAUUCAAGAAAUUCAAAACCUUAUUGCUUCUGACCAACAUUCGAAUAUUGUUCGUUGGUAUGGUUACGAAUAUGAUCAAGACUUUGUUUAUCUUUCAUUGGAGCGUUGUGAUUGCAACAUUUAUGAUCUAAUUUUAAACAAGAUGUACUCGGAGUCUUUUCAGUUGCAUAGGCCAAAUGGCUACCCUUCUUCUGAUUUGUUAAAACUGUUGAGGGACAUAGUUGCUGGCCUUGUACAUUUGCAUGAUUUGGGGAUUAUUCACCGGGAUUUGAAGCCUCGCAACGUGUUGAUAGUUAAAGGAACAAGCCUAUGUGGCAAGCUUGCAGAUAUGGGCAUUAGCAGGCGCCUCGUUGAGGAUAUGACAUCAUUGGGACCACAUGCUCAGGGUUCAGGAAGUUCAGGAUGGCAGGCACCUGAACAACUUUGUCAUGGACGCCAAACACGGGCCGUUGAUUUGUUUAGUUUAGGUUGUGUCAUCUUCUUUUGCAUGACUGGUGGCAGGCAUCCGUUUGGUGACACGCCUUAUGAACGUGACGGAAAUGUGAUCGACAACAACAAAGUGAAUAUGUUCUUGGUAAAAGACGUUCACGAAGCCAUAGAUCUCUUCUCUCAGUUGUUGAAUCCUGAUCCUAAACUCAGGCCAAAGGCAUCAGAGGUGCUACACCAUCCUUUGUUUUGGAAUUCUGAGAUGCGAAUGUCGUUUUUGAAGGAUACGAGUGAUAGGGUAGAACCAGAAGGCCGAAAAGGUGGUUCCGUUGUUCUUACAGCAUUAGAAAGCGGAGGUCGUAUAGUUUUUGGUGGAAAAUGGAAUGUUAAAAUGGAACCUACAUUUAUCUCUAACAUCCAACGACACAGGUGGUACAAAUACACAAGUGUCCGAGACUUGCUUCGCGUAAUUCGGAACACAUUGAAUCAUUACCGAGAAUUUCCCAUGGAAAUUCAGGAAUUGUUGGGGUCUGUACCGGAAGGGUCUGAUGACUAUUUUCGCGGUAAGUUUCCCAAACUGUUGAUGGAGGUGUACAAUGUCAUGUAUCAUCACUGUAAGCAAGAAGCUUGGUUUCGUAAGUACUUGGAAAAUUAAUUAUAUUGUUUGUGUAAUAACUUACGAGUGCAAAUCAAUGUUUUGGGCUUAUUCAUACAGUAUAUAAUGUAAUGCAUGUAUGUAUGUAUAGAAUAUGUAUAUAAUGACUACUUUCACAGUAA